AAUGUUAAGGGUAAAAGUAUUUGUCCUGAUAAUGUGGAAGGAUAAAAUACUGAUGAACUUGAUCAAAUGGAAGAUAAUAACAAUGGCUCUCAAGUGGAAAAAUCUAUACAAAAGAAAAAGAAGCACAAGAAAAAAACAAAAAACAUCGCUGAAAUUUACCAAAAACAUGAAACAAUUAUUAUUUCUAGAGAAUCAACUGAAUAUUUACCUUUAGCUUUGGAAGAUUUUGAUCAAGUUAACAUUUUAAGGGAUAAUUCUUCAUUUUGGAUCUGCUUAGAAGCUUUAGAAAAACAGAAAGGAGAUAUGCCACCUUUGCCUCAAAUCAGUGAAAAAUAUAUAAGAAUAGAGGAUGGAAGCUUACCUGUUUCGUAUAUGCAAAACUAUAUAACCAAGAAACUAAACCUAAAAAAUGAUGAUGAGGUUGAGAUCACAUGUUUGGGACACCAAAUAUCCACUAAAAUGGAGUUGAAAAAGUUGGCUAAGUUGUGGUUUAACAUGUCAUUCAAAGGAAAGUCAAAGACAAAGCCAUCACCAAAUGAUUAUAUUACAAUUAUAGGCUAUGGUCGUGGUGUCUCACAAUCAUGAACCUACUCUCCUUUUCCUAUCAUUUACAUUGUUAAUGCACCUUUGGAAAAAAAAUUUAUAAACUAUUUGUUUUUGUAUUUGCAUAUAUGUUUGAAUAAUGCUCUCCUUAACCAUGUUAAGAACUUAAUAACU